CUGUCCCCCAGUGAAAUGAUAGCUCUGUCCCCCAGUGACGUCACGUAGCGCUUCUCGCCCAAAUUUGGUCCCUUUUUGACUCGUUGUGCAGCAGCUGUUGACAAGAUGGCGUCCAGAUCUGAACAAGACGGAGAUAAUGAAGCCGUGAGGCAGUGUGAAGAAUACGUAGACAGCCAUAGCAUUCAGCCUAUUUUAAAAGAAUGCAUCUUUCAAUUGUGUAUGUCAAAACCGUCAAAUCCGUACAAAUUCCUUCGUGAAUACUUUGAAAAGCUCGAAAAGGAGAGCGAGAGACAUUCUGGAGACGAUGAAAGCAAAGGAGAAGCCGGUGAAGCGGAGGAAAGAUUUAGCGAGGAGGUUCCACAACCAAAACAUCCCAUACGUCGAGGACGUCGUGGUGGUGUUAGCGCCAGUGUUAUUUCCGAAGCAGAUGCAACAUCUUAUGUUAAAAAGGUUGUACCGAAAGAUUACAAAACUAUGGCGGCUUUGCAGAAAGCAAUAGCGAAGAAUAUCCUCUUCUCGCAUUUGGACGAGACCGAACGAAGUGAUAUUUUCGAUGCCAUGUUUUUGGUGAAACACAAUAUUGGUGAAAUUGUCAUCCAACAGGGAGAAGAAGGUGAUAAUUUCUAUAUCAUUGACAGUGGUGAAGUUGAGGUUUAUGUGAAUGACCAUUUGGUGUCAGUAAUUGGCGAGGGUGGGGCAUUUGGAGAGUUAGCUUUGAUCUAUGGUACACCAAGAGCUGCUACCAUAAAGGGUAAAACAGACCUGAAGUUAUGGGCAAUUGACCGAGUGAGCUACCGUAGGAUCAUUAUGCUUAGUCAGAUCCGCAAGAGGGAGUUGUACGAACGAUUCUUAGAGAAGGUCUCGAUUCUUGAAUCGCUGGACAAAUGGGAAAGACUAACGGUUGCUGAUGCUCUUGAACCUGUCUCCUUUGAAGACGGAGAGUAUGUGGUUAUUCAGGGGGAACAAGGAGAAGACUUUUAUAUCAUCGUCGAGGGAAACGCGGUUGUUCUCCAAAGGCGAAGUGCGAACGAACCAUUUGUCGAAGUUGGUCGACUUGGGCAGUCUGAUUAUUUUGGUGAAAUAGCCUUGUUAUUGAACAGACGUCGAGCGGCGACCGUCCAGGCGCAGGGUCCUCUCAAGUGCGUCAAGUUGGAUCGACAGAGAUUCGAAAGAUUGCUGGGUCCAUGUGUCGAUAUCUUGAAACGAAAUAUCGAGCAAUAUAACAGCUUCGUCUCAAUAGUUGUUUAAACUAUCACCCUAAACUUAUAAUGCAUGAAAUAUUUCCUUUCAAGUCAAUCUUACAACAAACAAUGGAAAUAAUAAUAUAGAGAUCACAGUUAUUUUGUCAAGAGAAGAAGAGGAACGUUUAGCCCGGCAGCGUGUACAAAUAUACCUACAAAAUUGAUCUCUUAUUUAUAUUUUAACGAACUAUGCUUUUCCUGUCAAGAUAAAAAUGGUUAAUAGGACAGAAUCUAUAAUUUAUCUCCGUCCUGGUUUAUGCUGGAAAUCAAUGUCAUUACUCGUCAAAUGCGUAUCGCAAUUCCAUGUUCGAAACCCAGAAAUAUUGGGAACAAUUUUGAAUGUUAUUCAGCGACUUGAAUUUCCUCCAAAAUCAGUAUUUCAUCUUUUGACGGUUCCGUAGAAACCAUAAAGUUUCACGAUUCACGGAUAUCACAUUCAGCAAAGUUGCUUUGUGCAUUUCUGACGAAAAAUGAUCGAAUUCUGUUGUAAAUCUGGCUCCAGGAGGAGUCUUGCAAUAUAGUCAUUCUAAGUUGUAUGUUAUGUUAACUUGUUGAAAUAUUGUGCCAAUUUUAAAAUAUGGAAAACACAAUUAGAUAAUGAAAUUACCCCAGCCAAUUAUUGUGUUUUACUGACCGUCAUUGCUGUAGUUUAGAUAAAAA